GCGGGCGGGGGCGCGGGCCUUGCAGUGGGCGCCGCCGCCGGAAGGGAGCGGUAGCGGCCACCGGGCAGCGCGGGGCCGGGAAGCGCCGGGGCGGCCCGCGGCCGCACGAGGGGAGCAGCCCCGCCGCUCGCGAUUGGGGGACUCUGUUUUCCCUCUUCUCCAAUGGGCAGCCGUGAUCGGGCUCGCCCAAUCUGCUACCUCUGCCGCGCUGCGCUUCGGCUUGUUUUUGUUUGGGCUCGAGCCUCGUUCCAGGUCUCCUCCGGGGCCCGUCCCCCACCCUCCCCGUCCCUCCGCUGACAGCGGCGCCGGCCUCGGGCCGCGGCUUGCCUCCCGCGCCCCAGGUCCCCUCGGUCCCCGGCCGUCCCGCAGAGUGGCGGUCGUCCGUCUGCACGCCCGGAGGUGAUGGGGAUCGGCGUCGCUCCCACCUGUGGGGGGUGGGGAUCGUGUUUUCGUGGCGACCGCGGGAUCCGGCUUGCGAGAAUGGUGUAGAAGCGCGUUGGACCGGAGGAAGGGGCUCUCUUUCUGUCGCCGGGCUCCUUUGACCCGGUUCAGGAGCUGUCGCUUCCAUCCCGCAAGUGGAAAAACUAGGGUUACUAAGGAGGUGAACGUGUGUUCCUUAAAGAGGAUUUUUAGAAAAGUGGAAUUCGGCCUCGCGGGGAGGUCUUAUGUAGAGUAGCGGGCGGAUGAAUUGGUCGGUCGUGAUUGUGACUUUGCAUCAGGUCCGUUUUACACUUAAGCUACUUUAAACUUUUUCAAAGUGUGGUUAAACGUGGUGGGAAGACGGCCGUAGGAUCGUCAGAGGAAGCAGUUGCCCGCUGGAGCUUUUUCCUGUCGUUUUUGACACGGAGAACACGGCUGUCACUUCUGGAGAGAACGUUGGAAUUAUUCUCUGAGCUAUCUGAAGAGAGCGACUCAAUGCACCUGGGUCAGGCGGUCUGUGGGCAUGAAGUGGUUGGGAGAAUCCAAGAACAUGGUGGUGAAUGGCAGGAGGAGUGGAGGCAAGUUGUCUAAUGACCAUCAGCAGAGUCCGUCAAAAUUGCAGCACCCGGGCAAGGAGGCCACGAAGGCCGGCAGACACGCAGUUGAGAGGAGGUCAAACAGAUGUAAUGGUAAUUCGGGAUUUGAAGGGCAGAGCCGAUAUGUACCGUCUUCGGGAAUGUCUGCCAAGGAGCUCUGUGAGAAUGACGACCUGGCGACCAGCUUGGUUCUUGAUCCCUAUUUAGGUUUUCAAACACACAAAAUGAAUACUAGCGCCUUUCCUUCGAGGAGCUCAAGGCAUUUUUCAAAAUCUGACAGUUUUCCUCACAACAACCCUGUGAGAUUUCGGCCUAUUAAGGGAAGGCAAGAGGAACUAAAGGAAGUCAUUGAACGUUUUAAGAAAGAUGAACACUUGGAGAAAGCCUUCAAAUGUUUGACUUCAGGCGAAUGGGCACGGCAUUAUUUUCUCAACAAGAACAAAAUGCAGGAGAAAUUAUUCAAGGAACAUGUAUUUAUUUACUUGCGAAUGUUUGCAACUGACAGUGGAUUUGAAAUAUUACCUUGUAAUAGAUACUCAUCUGAACAAAAUGGAGCCAAAAUAGUUGCAACAAAAGAGUGGAAACGAAAUGACAAAAUAGAAUUACUGGUGGGUUGUAUUGCCGAACUUUCAGAAAUUGAGGAGAACAUGCUACUUAGACACGGAGAGAACGACUUCAGUGUCAUGUAUUCCACGAGGAAAAACUGUGCUCAGCUCUGGCUUGGCCCCGCCGCCUUUAUCAACCAUGAUUGCAGACCUAACUGCAAGUUUGUGUCAACCGGUCGAGACACGGCGUGUGUGAAGGCCCUGAGAGACAUUGAGCCUGGGGAAGAGAUUUCUUGUUAUUACGGAGACGGGUUUUUUGGAGAAAAUAAUGAGUUCUGCGAGUGUUACACUUGCGAAAGACGGGGAACCGGUGCUUUUAAAUCCAGAGUGGGACUGCCUGCACCUGCUCCUGUUAUCAAUAGCAAAUAUGGACUCAGAGAGACAGAUAAACGCUUAAAUAGGCUUAAAAAGUUAGGUGACAGCAGCAAAAACUCAGACAGUCAAUCUGUCAGCUCUAACACUGAUGCAGAUACCACUCAGGAAAAAAACAAUGCAACUCCUAACCGAAAAUCUUCCGUCGGUGUGAAAAAGAACAGCAAGAACAGAACAUUAACAAGGCAGUCUAUGUCAAGAAUUCCAGCUUCUUCCAACUCUACCUCAUCUAAGCUAACUCACGUAAACAAUUCCAGGGUACCAAAGAAACUGAAAAAGCCUACAAAGCCUUUACUUUCAAAGAUAAAAUUAAGAAAUCAUUGCAAACGGCUGGAGCAAAAGAGCGCUUCAAGAAAACUCGAGAUGGGAAACUUAGUACUCAAAGAGCCCAAAGUAGUUCUGUAUAAAAACUUACCCAUUAAGAAAGAGAAGGAGCCCGAGGGACCGGCUCCGGCCGCAGCGGCCGGCGGGUGCUUAACUAGACACGCGGCGCGGGAGAACCGGGCGAGCUCCGGGCGAGGUGCCCCGCCGCUGGGGCACGGCGCCCCCUGCGCCUACACCACCAGGCGGUCCGCGCGGACGAGGACGACCCUGAAGGAGCCCUCCGACCUCCCGCUGGAUCCCAGCCCGUCGGAUGGCUAUAAGAGCGGCUCGCCAGCAGCGGGCCCGGACGGCGGUGGCAGCGAGCAGCCGGCUGCCCGGGCACAGGAGGGGGACCUGACGCCCGAGGCGGCACCCAGCGGGGAAGCCAAGUGUCCAAGGAGUGACAGCGGCCUGUCGAAGAAGAAAUCACGGCAAGGGAAACUUGGGAAACCGUUGGCGAAAGCCGAGGAGACUGCCGAGGGGCCGGACUCCCCUGGAGAAGCCGGCGUGGCGCCCGAGGUGCUGGGGGCCCCCUGCGAGCCGGCCGAGCACGGCGCCUCGGAACCCGCGCCCGGGACCUACCCGGACUGGGCGCCUUCGCCCGGCGGCGGGCCGGUCAUCACGUCCGACAGCUUCAAGACGAAGGAUGGCUUCAGAACUGCAAAAAGUAAAAAGAAGAGGCGAAUCACCAGGUAUGACGCACAGCUGAUCCUGGAGAAUAACUCUGGGAUCCCCAAAUUGACUCUUCGGAGGCGCCACGACAGCAGCAGCAAGACCAACGACCCGGAGAGCGACGGCAUGAAUUCCUCAAAAAUAAGCAUCAAGCUAAGCAAAGACCACGAGAACGAUAACAACCUGUAUGUAGCCAAGCUCAACAACGGCUUUAACUCAGGGUCGGGCAGCAGCGCCACGAAACUGAAGAUCCAGCUGAAGCGCGACGAGGAGGGUCGGGGGCCGCACCCGGAGGGGCUCCACGAGAACGGGCUGUGCUGCGGCGACCCUCUCUCGCUGCUGGAGUCCCGCAUGGAAGUGGACGACUACGGCCGGUACGGGGAGGAGAGCACGGACGAGCCCUCCUCCUCGGAAGGCGACGAGGAGGACGAGGACUACGAGGAGGACUUCGAGGACGACUUCAUUCCUCUCCCUCCGGCCAAGCGCCUGCGGCUGAUCGUGGGCAAGGACUCCAUCGACAUUGACAUCUCCUCCCGGAGGAGAGAAGACCAGUCUCUGCGGCUCAACGCAUGAGCGCGCGGUCUCGGUUUGGCUUGGGAAACCUACUUUAAAGAAAUAAAAACAAAUUCCCGUCAGUAAUUCCUCACCCGAGACCGUUGUAGUGGCCGCGCUUCCCUCGUCUCUCCACUUAGCAGCGUCAUACUGUAGAAAGUGUACAGCCCGCUGACUCUCCCUAGGUCUGAUUUGUGCAAAUUUUUAUUGUACUUUUUAAAUAGCCUUCCUACGUGCAAUUCUGAGUUAGAGGGAAAGCCCAGUUGUAAAAUAAAGGCUCAAGCGAAAUUGUACAGUGAUAGCGACUUUCCACACGGGACGUUGAAAACAAUAAUGUGGCUACACAAUUUUCUUUCUCCUUUUUUUUUUUCUCUUUUUUUUUUAACCAAGAGCAUCAACUGGCUCUUUAAUAUAUGACUAAACAAUAAUUUAAAACAAAUCAUAGUAGCAGCAUAUUAAGGUUUUCUAGUAUAUGCUAAUAUCACCAGCAAUGAUCUUUGGCUUUUUGAUUUAUUUGCUAGAUGUCCCCCCCACCUCGGAGUUUUGUCAUUUCACACUGUCCGCUGGCCCAGGUGUACUGUGCGUGGCCUUGCUCAAAAGAGCAAACCAUCGGUCGGGAGUUGAAUUGGUUUCUUUAAAAAAAAAAAAAAAAAAAAGUACAAUGACACACAUGACCGCUCAUUUUCCAGUACAUUUUCUGUACGAGAGCGGCAGUGUGGAGGACAAGUUCCGAGUCAGUGUAUUUAUUGCUUGUCAUGUAAAUUAAAGACCUUGUAUUUAACACUUUUCAGUCCUUUUAGAUAAAAUUGUUCUUUGCAAGAAUGAUUGGUGCUUACUUUUUCAAAACUUUGCUGUGAACAAUGUGAUGACAACAGGCAACAUUUAUCUAAUGAACUACAGCUCUCUUAAUUUGGGUCUUCAAGGUUUCUGUUGCACUUGUAAAAUGCUACAAGGAAUAUUAAAAACUCUAUUCACUUUAACUUAUAAUAGUUUAUGAAAUAAAAACAUGAGUCACAGCUUUUGUUCUGUGGUAACCUAUAAAAAUGUUUGUCUUUGAAAUUCAAUGUAAAGAACUGAGAACAAUGUAUAUGUUGUAAAUAUUUGUGUGUUGUGAGAAAUUUUUGUCAUAAGAAAUUAAAAGAACUUACCAGGAAGGUUUUUAAGUUUAGAAAUAUUCAUGCCAAUAAAAUAGGAGAUUAUAAAAUAUAUAGUUUUAAGCACUGCAUCAGUGGGAGUUCUUGGCUUAUGUUUAUGUAUGAAAAUAUCAAAGAUUUUUUGACUAUAUUAUCAGUUAAACGAAAAGUCAGAUUUAAUUUGUUUUUUUUUUGAAGCACUUUGAGAAGAGAAAUUAAUUUUAAGUAACUUAAUGAGCAAAUUUUUGAUUACUACUUUAUGUUCAAUACCAACCUUUCAUUUCUCCGGAUUAUUUUACAAAUCAUUGGACAAAGAAUUUGGGAAUAUAAAGCUGUAGCAGGUGUUUGACGCCAGUGGGUCUCCUUAUUUCUGGGAAAUGUGUACGUGUACUUUCAGAUAUACAGUGUUCCUGAGUAAGAUCGAUUUAGGGGAUUCGUGUAGUGUCUAUAGAAAAGUAGCCCAUGUCUUAAGAUAUUAAAAGGAAUCUGCCCGUAACAAAAAGUCCAGUGGAGAAAACCUCAAUGCUUACUCUUACUUUUGGUGAUUCCUGCUGGUUGCCAGGUUCUGGGGAACAUCCUUUAAACUGAGUCCCAUAAAACAGUUGCCAAUAGGGGUUCCAUGUAGAAAUUAAUAAUGCUCAUAAAGUGUUUGCAAUGUAGAGUUUUUGUUUCUCCUCAUGUUCUUUAAGGAGUUACUCGUGUGGUCUUAACGUCGCCUCAUUCCCGUCUGUCCCAUGCAGGUCACCCCUCAGGUAGCGUGGAGGGCAGGUGCAGACCCGAUUCCCUGCUGCACCCCCCUCCCCCGCCCCUGCUCCGCGUGUGGUCCGUCCCCCCGCUGCGAAGCAGAACAGUUCCCCCGGGUUCUGUCCUGAGGCCCUCAGAGCGCGUUUGUGGACCACAUCCGUCCUCACAUUGUCCCUCGGGGGAGAAGUGUGAGUCUCCAGCCACUGAGGAAGGUCGAGCAUAGACUCCGUGUCUGGAAAGUACCAGAAAGCCGUGGGCCACCCCUUUCACUCCCGCCUUAGUGUGGAGUGUGUCGAAGAGGUUCAGAGACUUAAGUCUCAGACCGUCUCCCGGAAUACCAACGACAGCCAUUUCAGGAAUUUCCCCCUAAAGGAAAAAGUCACAAAAUACCACAUUUCCCACAUUUCUCCAUUUCGAAGCUUAAUUUUAGUAACUUAUUUACGUUUGUUUUAACUUGAUUGUGGCCUCGGCUUUUCGAGGCUGACCUUCCCCGUGGCCCCGGGGCGGGGUGCACAGACCUUUCAGGGAAACCUGAUUUCCGUUUUUCCAGGUGGGGGCCUCGGAGCUGCUCGGGCUCCGCCGUGGAACUUCCCCGUGUGGGAUGGCGAGAGCCACACACGGGUGACACGGUGACCACUUGGAAGAGGCUGCGUUCCAUACAACUUCAAGCUUGAGCUUGCGCAAUGAUUCGUAAAGAUUUUGGCAUUGUAAGAAUUAGGAGAUGAUCAUAAAAAUACAUGUAAAGUGUUCGAUUUUCAAUCAUUUUUCAAAUUACUGUUUUAAAUUGUUUUGCUGAGUUGUAAUACCUUUGAGAUACAAUGUAUUCCUUGUACUGAAAGAAUGAAAAAAAAGGACUUUUUCAGCAUUUGAGGUAAGUUCUUUAACGUUUCAUUAAAAACAUUUUUUACAAAUAUUUUGUACAUGCACUUGCAGUAUUGAGGUUAAUCAUUUUAAUAAAUUCGGAAAUUGAAA